AAAAGUUAGUAAACACCGCUGAGACCUGUUCUCCCCACGGUUAAAUUGCUCGCCGCCAUGGCGCCGCCAAAAAAACAAUCAAAAACCCCUGCCAGCACGAGCAAAGCCAGGAAAGGUGCUGAGGAUGUUGACUCUGCUCCUGAGGUUCCUCAGGUUAACGAGCAAUCUGAAAAUGGUGGACCGCUCCAGAAGCUCAUCCAUGAUGAUCGCAUGGUCACCCAGCUUGACAGUGCAUACCUCGGGAGUGUUGUGGUGGAUAUUCGUGCUCUCUCACAUAAUGAACGUAAUCGAGCCAUUGAUGAACGUUUCAUUGCAAAGCUUUCUGAGGCAUUCAAGUGCGGUGUUCGACGUUUUGCACAGGAGGACCGGUUAAAAGUGACGACUACAAGCAAGAUGUUGGAGACAGUUUUGACAAAUCAUGUUACAGAAACAACUACGCUCAUGGACCUGUGGACAUAGCUCACCCGAGGUGCGCGAACAACCCAAGCGAGGUACACCCCGAGCACGUGACGCCAAGACCUUUUAUUAAGCAGGAACGGCCCAAGCGAGAUAUUUCGUUAGGUAUUGUAUUGAAUCGAAACUUAACAUUCUAUUCUCCUCUCCGCAUGAUGCAGAAAUUUGAGAACACCAACUACUUGCCGAC